AUCACUACGAAAUGAAAUGCCUGAUCACAAGCACCUUGCACCGGAUGGCUCCUGUUGGAUUUGACCGACUCCGAUCGACUCUGGAGGACUUCGACUCCGAACGCCUUCGACUUCGAACGACUCCGGACAGCACCGGACGACUCUGGACGAUUCCAGACGACUCCGGACUAGUGAUGAGUAAGAAUAGUCAACUCGAGGACCUUCCGGACUGGGUCGAAUUUGAUCUGUUGCGCUCUAUUCGUUAUGUUCCAAUCCCAGUCCGGGUUGAGACUUAUAUCAGACAAAAGAGGACAAAUAAUUCAUACCAAACAAACCAACAACAAAGUUCAAUAAAGCACACUUGCAUCAUUUUGGCAAAACAGCUGACUAGCGCGAAGGAUUUAUUUGAUCGUAUAUGGUAG